UGAAAUUUUUGAAGAUGCGGAAGAAGAUUUGAUUUCACAGUCACUUUGUUUAGAGCUUAGAUUGAAACUCUGCUCCUGUUAUCCAUGGAAAAUCCCAACAUAAGGAAUUUCUAACAAAGAUCAGAGGAAGCAAAAACAGGAAUGUCUGCAGGAGCGUGUGCGUCUCUCUGCUGCGCUCUGCUCUUUGUCUCCGUCUCUGCAGGCCAGGAAACCAUCACAGCUGAGUCUGGACAGAACAUCAUUCUGCCAUGUCGAGCUCCAAAUAACAACCAGAUCAGAGCUGUAGUGUGGGCCAAACCUGAUCUAGAAGAUGAACAUGUGUAUUUGUACCGGGACGGACGGUUUGAUCCAGGAGAGCAGAAUCCAGUUUAUAAGAACCGAGUGGAUCUGCAGGACAGACAGAUGAAGGAUGGAGACGUGUCUGUGAUUAUGAAGGACGUGACUGUUAAUGACUCUGGAACAUACGAGUGUCGCGUCAUCCAGAUAGAAGCGAGCCGCAGCAUCAAGGCGCCCAGCAUCAUCAUCUACCUGAGAGUUGUUGCUCCUCUAGGUCCAUCAGGAGGAACCACAGAGGAUGGAGGAUCUGCUGGGCUGAUUGUUGCUGUGUCCGUCUGUGCUGUGCUGCUUGUUGCUGCUGUUGCUGCUGGGCUUCUUAAAUACAGACAGCUUGAGAAACAUUCAUCACGUGGCAGAUCUCGCGUGGCCUCAUAAAAUGAUGAGGUUGAAGGUGACAGCGGCUCAUUAACAGCAGUCAGAGCUUUCAGCUGCAGCUCAGUCAGAAAUAUCAAAGAUUAAAAUCUGAAGCAGCAGCUUUGAAACAAUCUGAUCUCUGAGUGUAGUUUUUUAACCUUCUACUUUUUUAUCUUCCUGUCGAUGCAGUUUUACUAUCAAAGAUUCCUGAACCAUAUCCCACACCUGUCUGCAUUUCAUCAUCCAUAAACAGCAGUUUCAUUUCUAAAUAUUUCAGCUGUAGCAGUAAAGACUAAAGUUAAAGUUCAGUCUGUGUUCUGAUCACUGUUGCACAUGAAUCCAUUCAUUAGGAGCUCUUUGUAAUUUCAUCAGGAUCAGUGCAGAUUAAACCUGCUGUUACAGUGUAACUACACACAAACACUGUGUGUGAUGAUCUGAGUGCAGAUGAAACUCUGUGGAUUACAGACAGUCAGUAAUCUGACUGACAGAGUUCAGGAUCCUGUGAUCAGCUUUAAUUGUUCUGAUAUUUUCCUGAUCGGAUGUUUCUGUGACUUUUAUCUGAUCUGGAAUCAGUCCAAAGCAAACAACCCAUCACUGAUGGGACCAAGAAGCAGACCAACAACACGUGGUGUUCACUCAGGUCUGACCUUCAUGUGUGCAUGUUCACAGUCGUUCCUGGUGGGUGUUACAUUAGGCUGAGUGGUGUCCACAAAAUGAUGUGGGCUUCAUUUGGAAAAACGAGCUCCUCAGAAAUGCUUCCAUAAUUUUUCAGGUUCGUUUCUGUGGACCUGAAUCAGCAGAUUUAUGGUAACGCCUUUAAAUUUCACCCACAGAAGAUGAAAUGAAUUCUCCUCUUAAAAGAAAAAAAUAGAUUCAAAUCUGUCAGAUUUUAUGGGGAAAACAUAUUUAUACUAUUUUUUUUCUUUUAAAGGUUAAAGUGUUCUGGUCUCAGAGUGAUGAAGGCCGUCAGCUGAGCACAAAGUGAAUUUUUUUUCAUACAUUUUAAUAGUUUUCAGAGAACAUAUUGAUUCUUUUGGUCUCAUUACAUCAUCAUAUUUAAUGUGUUGCUGUUUUGAAAUAAAUACUUCUGUAUUUAAGGUGCUGGAUGAGGUCCUGGUCUCCAUUUGUGGAGGAUAAUAACUUUAAGGGGUUUGUGUGUGAG